AUGGUGAGGACUCCGAUCAACGAGAGCAGCGGCAACGUCGAGUACACCUUCCUGCGCCAGGGCCGGCAAGACGGCCGCGAGAAGCCCCUGAAGGACGCCCUCGCCGCCAGCGCGGAGGCGAUCAACGACGGCUUCCCUCCCGACGCAUUGGAGGCAAGAAGAUCCGCUUCGAGUUCAAGCGGCGGGUCAAUUUCGCCUACUCGGACUGGAGCCCCGGGGAGGACUGGACGUCCAGCAGCAGGGCGGCGGUGGCGGCGGCGGCUUCUUCGGGUUCUGAGCGCCACGGGCCGACCCCGCGCGGGGCUCAUCCGGGGCAACGAUGCCCCCCCCAUCGUUGCCCCUCGGUUCCGUAGCGCGGGGCCCGCAGCCACGCGCGCAGGGAGCUCGGAGGCAGAUCCGAGGUAUAUCGAGCCAGUUUUUUUUUAA